AUUCGAUCGGACCAGGACAAAGAGAUUGAGAUCCGGUACAGUAUAACAGGAGCCGGAGCAGACCAGCCUCCCAAUGACGUCUACAUCAUUGAUCCUAUGACAGGGAAAAUGUCUGUCACUAAACCUUUGGACAGAGAGGAGAGAGCCUCCUACCACCUUAGAGCUCAUGCAGUGGAUAUUAAUGGGAACCAAAUGGAGCCUCCUAUUGAUCUGUACAUUUAUGUCAUUGACAUGAAUGACAACAGACCCGAGUUUAAGAACCAGGUCUACAACGGAUCAGUUGCCGAAAUGUCCAAACCAGGCACUUCUGUAAUGCAGGUAACGGCCUUUGACGCCGACGACAGCACCACGGCAAACGGGCUGGUGCACUAUCGCAUCCUGAGCCAGACGCCACACAUCCCCAUUCCCAACAUGUUUACUAUUAACGGAGCCACAGGAGAGAUCAGCACCAUCGCUACCGCAUCGACAGAGAGAAGUCUUUCGGCCAACCGGAUUAAUACGGCUGGAGCUGAAAGAGGCAGAGGAGAGGCUUUGGCUCAGGCUCAGCUCUCUGUUUCCUCCCAGUGUGGACUAACUGAGUUAGGUUCACCCGAGCAUGGACAGGGCACAGUUUCAGAUCUGUACCCAAAGGAACAUUGGCCAUGCAACAACAAACACUUCGAUAAAGUGUCUCAGUACACCAUUAUAGUCCAGGCCACCGAUAUGGAGGGCAGCCUGAACUUCGGCCUGUCCAACACCGCCACGGCCCUCAUUAGCAUCGCUGACAUCAACGAUAACCCUCCGGAGCCUGGACUCAAAAACAGUGGAAUGCUUGUGGACAGGUCUGACAGGGGUAUAGACGCCCAUAGUGGAAGCCUCAAGGGUUUACAGGGUGAAGUCAAAGAUUCUCCUUGGGUCAUGACCCAGAUGUGCUUGUCACGGGUCAUGACCAUGAAAUGGUCCAUGUAA